AUGGUGGGUCAGAAAAGGUUUGCCCUGCGAGAGGUGAGAGAGGAGAGAGGAGAGGAGGGCGUGAGGGAGGAAGGGUUGGACAGGGGCAAAGAAGAUGAGGGCAUAGAUAAGGAUGAGGAUGGGCGGGGUGGACAGCAAAUAGGAGAGAUUGUAUAUGCAAGUGAAGCGUUAACUGUCACACUGCCAUUAGGAGUAAAAGAGGAGGACAUCACUAACAGCAAAAGGAAAGCUCGAGGAACCCAGACCUCUUCAACACCUGCUCUCACUAGUAACCUCGUCCAGGGGUACCCAGGUGAAGGACGCCGCGAGAACAAAGACCACAACACCAUAAUGCGGCCCUGCAGUUCCUCCACCUCGCCAGCCUCCGUCACUUGUCCUGCCCCACCGCCACCAGCUGCUCCUGACACUACCACUGAUCGCUGUGCUCCACACCCGCCCACGCCCCAGCUGAGCCCCUCGCCGCCACCUGUUCGCGAGAGGGACGACUUCUGCCCUUCCACCCGCCGGGCCAGGGAGCAAGGCACCACACAACCCUGUGGCCGCAUCGCAGGCAAAUGGAGGCCAGAUUCCAAGGCCGAGGACAGUAAAGCUCCCUGCAUCACCUCCAAAAUCCUUGCAUGGCGUCCCAUCCUGGCUUCCUCAUAG